CGGAGCCGGAGAGGGGGGGAUGCCCGGAGCGGCCCCUCCUCCUGCCUCAUAACUUCUUCUUCCAAGCGUGUGGGGAGAGUUUUCCUGCAGCCCGGACCACACGGACGCCUGUUUUUUGGGGCUUUUGGAACCUCCUCACCCACGGGGGGAGAAGCCAACGCGCGGCAGCUUUGCCCAGAUGAAUGACUCUCCAGGCUGUGUGCUGACUCCAGGAACCAAGAAGGAGCUUCUUCCCAAGGAAAAGGAAGAUGUUUUGUGCCCAGAUCCUUGCCCUGGCAGUGGCUGUGGUGCAGCACAGAGCUGUGGCCGUUCAUGAAGCAUGCAGGACGGCGGAGGUGGCCGACAUUCUGUUCCUCGUGGGACAGUCACAGGGCACAGGAAGGGAGAGCUCCUGGCUGGUCAAGGACUUCAUCAGCAGCAUGGCUCGUUCCUUUGAGAACGUGGUGAUGGGCAAAGGAGGCAUCCGGCUGGCAGUGGCACUCUACGGGGAGAAACCAAGGAUGAGUAUUGAGCUUACGGAUUACGUGACCAUCGAAGAAAUGUUGGUGGCAAUUCAGGAUCUCUCCUUCAAAGGUGGAAGCUUAAAAACAGGGUCAGCCUUGGCCUUUGCAGCUCGUGCCAUGUCUCGUCUGGACACACUGCGAGAGGAUGCAGCAAAGGUGGUUGUUUUGAUCACGGAUGGAAAAUCCAGCAACUCAGUUGAAGAUGAAGCCCGGGUCCUGCAGGAUUUGGGGGUGACGGUGUUUGCCGUAGGGAUUAAGGGUGCUGACAAGAAUGAAUUGAACACAAUAGCUUCAGAGCCCACUGCAGAGCAUGUGCUUUAUGUUGAAGAUUUCCACCUCCUCCAUAACGUGGCCCCCAAACUCUCUCGAAGGCUCUGUUUCACUGCCUCGGAGCCACCACGACCCAUCAAACAGACUGUGCAAGCUGAGAAGAUCGUCGGCCCCCGGGAUUUGUAUGUCAGUGAGCACAGCCACAGCACGCUGAGACUCACCUGGAUGCCAGCCACGGGGAAGGUGACGGGCUACCAUGUCCAUCUGCAUCCCUUGCUGCCUUCAGGGCAGCCCGUUUCAGAAGACCAGCAGCAGAUUGUGGUGGACGGUGACAAAAGUACCGUGCUGGUGACUGAUCUGAAACCCAACACCAAGUAUGUCUUCACGGUGAGGGCCAUCUAUGCAGAUACUGUUGGGGAGUCAGCGGUUGUCAAGGGGAAAACAACACCUGUGCCUCCAGUCACUAAUUUCCGUGUGAUAGAAGAAGGACUUUUUAGCUUGAAGGUGGCUUGGACACCUCCGCUUGGCAAGCUGGAGGGCUACAAGAUCUACAUCCCCAGAGCCAACAGACCAGGAAUGACCUACGAGCAGGUUCUGCGGGGUGAUGUCUCAUCCCACGUGCUGGAGAACUUGCAGGAGGACAGAGAAUACAGCAUCAGCAUCUACGCCGUGUACCCCCAGGGCCCCAGCCAGCCUGUGGCUGCUGUGGGGAGAACAUUGAAGCUCCUGCCCGUGAAAAGCAUCUUGCUGCAGAAUGAGACCACCAACACGCUCCAGGCAAGGUGGACACCCAUCCGGGGAGCAACGGGGUACAGGCUCACCUGGACAUCAGCAGAGGGCAGCAUCCAAGAUGUGAACCUCAGCAACACCUACAGCUACUACAUGAUCCAGGGGCUGCAGCCUGGCACGGAGUACACUGUUACCAUCAACCCCAUCUUUGGGGACGUCGAGGGACCAGUGGUGAGCAGCAAAGCAACGACGGUGGCAUCGAGCACCGUCCAGAUGCUGAAAGUGACUGAGAUAUCUACCAACAGUGCUCUGGUCUCCUGGGACUCAGUUGCUGGGGCCACUGGGUAUCGAGUGGCUUGGGGUCCUACACCAGAGUUCUUUGGCAAAGACCGUCCUCGCCAGCUGGCCCUCAACAGGUCAAUCACAGCCUACCAGCUCCGCAACCUGGCCCAUGACACCGAGUACGUGAUUUCCCUCUACGUGCUCUUUGGCUCCGUGGAAGGACCAGGGAUCACAACCUCAGCCAGGACAUCUCCUCUUGGCUACGUCUCCAAUUUCAAGGUGAUGUCCUACACCAGCACAAGCCUGUCUCUGGUGUGGAGUGCCACAGCAGCUGCCACCAAAUUCAAAGUCACCUGGAGCCCUGUGGGAGCAGAAAAAGAAAAACAGGUUGCCAAGACUCAGUACCUGGGCAGUAGGGUGCUGGCUUACCAGAUUGACCAGUUACUGCCCAACACCCUGUAUAAAGUCAGCGUUCGGGCUGUCUUCAACAAGACUGAGGGACCAGAGGUGACUCUGACUCACCGCACAGCGCCUCUUGCAGACUCCAACCCCAUCCAGGCCGUUGAAGAUCUGAGGAUUACUGACACCGGCGUAAAUAGCUUGAAGCUGUCUUGGAGGAGACUUCCUGGGGUAACUCAUUAUAAGAUAUCCUGGGCGCCGUUCAAUGGUGGCUUGGAAACCUCCCAGGUGGUUGCAGCAGAGACGGUCUCCUUCACGAUCUCCAACCUGAAGGAGAGCACCACCUACACCAUCUGCAUGUCUGCAAUGAUCGGGGGACAGGAGGGAAGCCCCACACUCCUCACAGCCAAAACUUUGGAUUUACCCAAAGUGACUGAGUUCAUGGUGCAGGAGGCUGCGGAGACCAGCGUUUUGCUGACAUGGACAGCUGUUCCUGGGGCAUCCACUUAUCUAUUAACAUGGCGCCUGUCCUCAGCUUCUGAUCUUUCCCAGGAACUGCUGUCAGCAGCUUCUAGAUCGUAUCGAGUGACAGGACUGAGCACCAAAGAAAUGUAUGUGUUUUCCAUAAGACCAGUCUUUGGAGAUACGGAGGGACCAGAGACAACACUCCUUGGGCAAACAGCGGGACCUCACAGAGAGUCACCCACACCCAUCACUCCAGUGACUUCUACAAAACUGGGUACGAUGAGAUUCCCAUCCUUAUCUCCUAGCAAGGUGGGGACCACUCCUCUUCCACUGGCCACCACCACAACAGUACCACCAACUCCAGCAACCCUACUGUCGACCACUGCAGUGUCCACACUGCUGACAACUCUCCCUGGGCCAAUCUGUGGCAAGUUCAAAGCAGACAUUGGGUUCCUGGUGGACGAGUCCUCGAGUAUUGGCCAGAGCAAUUUCAACAAAGUGAAGGAUUUCCUCUUCCGGAUCAUUUCCUAUUUCCCGAAGAUUGGGCCUGAAGGGACACAGGUUGCUGUUGCUCAGUACAGCGAGGAGCCCAGGGCAGCCUUCUACUUCAACCAGCACCGGGACCGCAACAGUGCCCUGAAAGCCGUCAAGGGACUGAGCUACGCUGGGGGCAACACAAAAACAGGUCGUGGCAUAACCUACAUGCUCAAGGAGUUAUUUCAGUCCUCCAGAGGGAUGAGGCCAGAUUUCCCUCACGUGCUGGUGCUGGUGACCGAUGGGCGAUCCCAGGAUGAUGUGUUGCUACCAGCCAGAGCAGCCCAUGAGUUGGGGAUCCGCGUCAUUGCUGUGGGUGUCUCAGGAGCUGACCCCGUUGAGCUCAACAGCAUCUUGCUGCAGCAGAACCUCCAGAAUGUUUUCUACGUCAGCACGUUUGAUGACUUCCCCCAGAUCCUCCGAGAGCUGAUAGAGGUCAUCUGUUCUGACCCCGAGCCUUCAGGGCCUCAACUACCAUCUGGGGAGAGCUUCAGGAGUUCACCAGCUCCUCAUGGAGGCUAUGACCCAUACAGCUUUACUACAAAGGGAGAGAAAGGAGAGAGGGGUCUACCUGGGAAGGAUGGAAUUCCCGGGCUGCCGGGCAGACCGGGGCGGACAGGUCCUCCUGGUCCCCCUGGACUCAUGGGUCUCCCUGGCAUCCAAGGUGAUACUGGCUCUCCUGGCUAUCCUGGACCAGCGGGGCCAAAAGGAGAGAGAGGCGAACCAGGCUAUGUCCUGGGAGGAGUAGAGGUGAUUCCUGGCCGAAAUGGGCAGCCUGGCCCCCCUGGACAGAAAGGGCAGCCGGGGGUUCCUGGGGUAGCAGGACCACCAGGUUUACCAGGGCCACAGGGGCCACCAGGCAUCUCCAUCAAGGGUGAACGUGGGGAUUCAGGUACCAGGGGCCCUCGUGGGAGGAAUGGCCUCAAGGGUGACAGAGGAGGAAUGGGAGAGCCGGGGAAACCUGGGUUGCCAGGCCCAGUAGGGCUAGAUGGUGUUCCUGGAUUGCCUGGACCAAGGGGAGAAAAGGGUGUGAUGGGACCUCCAGGAGCACCAGGACCAAAGGGUAACAAAGGGCAAGGUGGUGUGAAAGGGGAAAAGGGACUCCCAGGACCUCCAGGGCAGAAGGGAGACCAGGGGAACCCAGGAUUUCCAGGUGCUCCAGCUAUGGGGGUUUUGGGACCUCCAGGCAAGAAAGGUGUCAGGGGUGAUAUUGGACCAACAGGGGCCCUGGGACCACAAGGAGACAAAGGAAUACAAGGAGACAAAGGAGAGAAGGGAAGCCCAGGUUUCGGGAUUCCUGGUCAACCUGGGCUGAAGGGAGAUCCAGGCGACAGGGGAAAUGUAGGUUUGUCGGGCAAACCAGGUCAGAAGGGGGAUAGAGGUCUGAAGGGAGAGAAAGGUGAACCAGGACUACCUGGGAAACCAGGCGAGACCGGACUAAGAGGUAAAGAUGGAGAACCAGGGGAGAAAGGCACCUCUGGGACCAAGGGAGAAGCUGGUGUCCCUGGAGAACCAGGAGAGAGAGGAAUCAGGGGGCCACCUGGACUCCCAGGACGGCCUGGAGAGCAAGGGAUAAAAGGCGAUACAGGACCACCUGGAAAGGAUGGAAUCACUGGAGAGAAGGGAGACAAGGGCGAAGCUGGUGAGCCUGGGCUGCCUGGGACUCCUGGAAGCCUUGUGUCUUCACUGGAGAGCACCAUCACCCUGAAAGGCGACAAGGGGGAUCGUGGGAAGGAUGGCUUGAAAGGCGAAAGAGGUCCUCCAGGCCCAAAGGGAGAACCCGGUCCACCAGGCAAAGGAGUGGAAAUGAAGGAUCUGGAGAGGCUUUUUGAAGCAAAUGGUAUCAAGCUGGCACUGCUGAAGGACCUCUCCAAUGCACUCCUGCAGGAUGGGCUGGAUGGGCUGGUGUGGCAGCUGGGUGGCUCCAGGACAAGCAAGACCUCCAGGAGAAAGCAAGCAGUUCUUCAUGCUACUGAGCAUGGCGAUUCACUGGUGUUUGAUACUUCUCCUGGUGCCCUGGCCAGCACUGAGGUGACAGAAGAAGCACAGAGCCUGGAGGUGGAGGCUCAGUUUAGGGUGCCGGUGUCUGGAGGACUCCUUAAGGGUCCAUCUGCUGGUGGUUCUGAACCUGAGUACCAGCCCCUAGGAAACCCUCCUGAGUCCUUGGAGAGAACAUCUGAGGAAGGAAAGGAGGAGAGAGACCCAAGAUGGACAAUCACUUCUCUCAGUGGUAGCUUGGCUUUGCCCCCACUGCACCCAGAAGAUGAUCUGCAAGGAAACCAGUCCAUGGAGCUUCUUGAGUCCCUGGAGGGGAGAGUGGAAGGACAACCACAGCAGGACACUAGCCACGAAAAUGAGAAUUUAGACGACGGCUCUGCGCUCCCAAGGCACGUUAGAGCCCAGAGAUCUGCUGAGGACCAGAGACACGUGGUAAAGACCCCAUUUCACCACGACAGCUUCGGGCUGGCCUUUGUGCAAGAGCAGAGCCAUCCGUGUGACCCAGGAGGAAACGGCGACCUUUCCUUGUUGGCUCCAUCACAGGUUCAUCCCCCUGGUGCUCCAGGAGCUCGGAAAUCCCCAUCUGGAUCCACGGCAUACCCAGGCCCUCAUCACCCAAGGAGAAUUAAGAAGGAGGAAGCUGGUCCACCAGAUCCACCAUCCCAUGGCCAAAAGGGAGAAAUGGGAGCUCCGGGAGUCCGUGGAGACAAAGGAGAAAAGGGGCAGCCUGGGGAGAUGGGGGAACCUGGAGAAAAGGGCAUCAAAGGAGACAGAGGUGAAAAUGGUCAAAAGGGAGAACCAGGAAUUGGGUUCAGAGGCCCUGUUGGUCAGGCUGGACCACCUGGAUUUAAAGGUGAGCCAGGGGCUCCAGGGCCUCCAGGAGCUCAGGGAGUCCAGGGAAUUCGUGGCAAUGCCGGCACCCCCGGGUCACAAGGGGAAAGAGGGGCUCCAGGUCUGCCUGGGAUGCCAGGACAAAAGGGAGAGCGUGGGAAGAGAGGACGGAAUGGAUUUGCUGGGCCCUCAGGACCAUCAGGAUCCCCAGGAAAAGAGGGGAUUUCUGGGACACCUGGACCCAAAGGCAACAAGGGAGAAAUCGGCGUUGGAGCAGCUGGCCCAAGAGGUCCUCGUGGACUGCCUGGCCCUCGGGGUGACGAGGGCAUCGUGGGAGUCCGUGGCCCCACCGGCAUGACGGGUCUAAAAGGCUUCCCGGGUGUGAAGGGCGAAAGAGGUGAUCGGGGACUUCUGGGACCCAAAGGAGAAAGAGGUGAGCCCAUGACUAUUUUUGGACCCCAAGGCUAUAAAGGCAGUAAAGGAGAUCCUGGUGAACGGGGCCUGCCAGGUUUUGACGGAGACAAAGGCGAGAAAGGAGAGGAUGGGCCUAUAGGAGAAAAGGGAGUCAAAGGUGAAGCUGGCUCCAAGGGAGUGAUGGGGCUUUUUGGAACAAGAGGACCAGUGGGACAGAAGGGGGAGCCAGGAGAACCAGGCUUGCCGGGCUCUGCUGGUGCAGCAGGUCUUAAUGGGAAGAACGGAAACAAGGGAGCCAAAGGUGACAGAGGUCUUCAGGGGCAGAAGGGGAAGCCGGGAGGAAAAGGUGAUCCUGGGGCCACUGGUGACAUUGGACAGAAAGGAACAAAGGGCUUACGAGGGCUUCCAGGACGCAUCGGUGCUCCUGGAGCUGAAGGCAUGAAGGGAGAAAUUGGCAGUCCUGGAAAACCAGGAAUCCCAGGAUCAGAUGGACCACACGGACAAAAGGGUGAAAAGGGAACAUCAGGAGACGAUGGUGCCUCGGGGAUUCCUGGGGAGAAAGGAGAAAAGGGAGCCAAAGGAGUUCCUGGCUUGGGAGGCUUCAAAGGACAAAUGGGAUGGCCUGGGAGGACUGGAGUUGCUGGACCAGAUGGCCCUCAAGGGCCACAGGGUGAACCAGGGCCCCAGGGUCCACGAGGGAAAAGAGGGAGACCUCAGCUCUGCCUCAGGGGACCCCCAGGCAUGGAUGGGAGAAAAGGAGAAAUGGGUGAAAAUGGUCCAGCCGGCCAGAAAGGAGAGAAGGGAGAUCCUGGUCUUUCUGAGGAAGAGGUGAAGGAGGUGGUCAGGAGCGAAAUGAGAGGCAGAUGCGAUUGUGGAGGCGAGUUGGGAAGGACACUCAUGGAAAGGGGCCUGGAGGCAACUGAAAUCAACAGGCAGCUCCAAGGGUUCCAAAAGUUCCAGCUUUGGGAACGCACCAGAAGGGAUGGUGAAAGCCAGGAAGAAAUGCUGAACAAAACCCAGGGGAUGACCAUGUUGAUGACAAUGGUGAAGCCCGUCAUGGAGCCACCUUCACUUAUUGCAGCGGCUCCCCGGGCGCAGCAGAUAACAGGUCCCUCUCAGCGCAAGCGGCGAGAAGCCCACAGUCAAUUACCAGCCCCCUGCCUGCAGCCGAUGGAUGAAGGCUCCUGCCAGCACUAUGCCCUGCUCUGGUAUUACCACCUGGAGGCAAACACCUGCCGGCCCUUCAUCUUUGGGGGAUGCCGAGGGAACAGCAACCGCUUCGAAACCAAGUGGAAGUGUGAGCAGAAGUGCAAAACCUCAGCAGCCAGAGGGAGGUGAUCAGCUGCGAUCAUCGUGUUUAAAUACAAAAGAAGUGGAGCUGCGAGAAGUGUCUCCAGGGCAUCUCGGAGACUGGACAAGCAAGAAAAGCCAUUUAAUGUGAAGAGGCAAAGGAAGUUUGAAAAAAAGAUGUUGGAAAACGGUAAUUAUGAGCAGGAAAUGAAGUGGUAUGAGGAGAGGGAAACACCUGAUUUCUUAGGAACGCAGAGUUGUCCAGAGGCUCAUGACUGCACCACUCACCCCGUAGGACUACUGUGCAAAGCUGGGAGACACAUACUCCUGAGUUUAUUUUUGUAAAAUA